CGGAUGUGUUCACACCGCACAUGUGAUAAAAACGCCUGCGAUGUAAUAUGAUUUGAUCCGAGACUUACUACAUACUAAAUCGUCUUUGCUAUUCAUGUUCAGUACGCAGAUGUGCUGCCAGAGCGAUGUGGCAGAGAGCCAUGUUUGUUACUCGCAAAUGUAUCGUUAAACGUAACAAAGCGUAGGGUCCCGCCCAAUACUUAUUUAGUUCACUUUGUUAUUCGUAAACAAAUUAUUUCUGGACAACACUGACACUUUAGAAUUUUUUUUAUUUUGUCAACAUAAUUUCUAAUAUUAAAUAGGCAUAUUGCGUUCUGUACACGGGCUACGGCUUUCUCCUGUCCGUCAAGCCGCUUUCCACCGGAAGCGCUGCUGUUCGCGAACUAUUGUAGUCAUUGCGGGACGUCUGGAUGGAACAACAAACUGGAUUUUGAUUUGGGAAAUUCUAGGGGACGUUUGGUAAAGCCUCAUAUCCACACUGGGCGGUGAACUCAGGCCAAGUCCAUGUGAUGAUGUUGUCACCUGUUAUGGCUGAUCCCAGAGGUGGUCAGCAGCUACCUGGCACCACGUCGGUGGGUCCAGUUGGUCCAUACCCCCUUCUCUCACAGCUGUAUGAUGAGCGAUUGGCUAUGGAGUGCGGAGAGAACAGCAAGGACCUUAGGAACGCUGCUGAGGGUGGAGGACCUCUGGUGACUGUGAAAUUGUCUCACAGGUCAGCGGAGAGUAGAGAUGGUAGUCUUCAGGUGCAAGAUAUUCAAAGGCCCUAUAAUAAAAGCAAUGUCUGGGUUCAUCCAAAACAACGAGAACCUUCCUCCAGGGGGGCUGCCUCAGCGUAUGUCUCACCUCAGGCUCAAGCCUGCCCUGCUGUUCCGGACACCCCAACAGAUGAGCAGCUAGGCACCCUCCAGCGUUGUCUGGAAGGCCACCAGGCUGAGAUGAGGCGGUUACUGACUGGUGCCCUCGGCAAUCUGUGCCAGCGGCUGGAUGUGGUGGAGAGGAGGAUGGAGCAGCUCUGUGAGCAGGGCACCACACACGGCAACAGCCUCGCCCUGCUGAGCACCCAACUGAGCCAGCUUGCGAGAGGAAUGACUGUCACUACUACAAAGCAGGACUUGUCACCUUUCCAAGGUCAGGGAAAGGAACCAAUAGUGCUGAAUGAAGAAAAGCUGAACUACAUCAAGCCGGUACCACAUGGUCCAAACUCUUUGUGCAAUAUACGUUCAUCUGGAACCGACUUUGAUGAGGGAAGCAUCACUGGAACUCCAUGUGGGCUGAUGACAACGUUUUCACACAGGCAGAGUCCAGCCCAGAGUGACGGCCUCAAAGAGGGCUUAGGUGGGAAAAUGGAUAGGAAAGAGUUAGGGCACUCAGCAUCCUUUGUGAGAAAAGGUCCCUGUAAGGGGGAUACAGAGGGGUCCAUUCAGGGAAAAUGCUCCCCUGUGUUUGUGGAGCUGGAAGCGGGUAAGAGUCAGGAUGCACUCACCUGCUUUGUCAAUUCUGUCCUGGUAGAAAUGGAAUCUAGUGACAAUAUGGAAGUACCCCUUUCAUCCUCUUCCAAGAUGGCAGAAGGUAUCAUGACACUUCCGCAUUCUCAUAUACAUUGUCCCUCUCAAUCCGCAGCUCAGUCCAAUGGCCCUGAGUUCCCAAAGUAUCCCGUUCCAAAUAAGGGUAGGACUUUAGCUGCAUUUUCUGAGGGGGGCCAAUUGAACCCUAUAGGAGCUUACUUUCUGUUGCCCCACUCCGUUGAAGUUCUAGGGUUAUCUAGGUCAGAGCACUCAAGCAGUAUUGCUUGUGCUCUAACUGAUGUCCAGGAAUUGAUCAGCAGCCGAACCCACAAUGACCACACUGCCUAUAAUAAAUUUUCCAAAGAAGCCUCAAAAGACUGGAAGGCAGAGAUGAAGAGGGAUGAAAAGGGACAAUUAAAGGUACACUUGUUCGGUGAGUUCAAGCUCUCCCCUCUACGAAAUGGCUCUUCAAAUUCUCUCAUAGCUGGUGUUAGGUCCACCCACCACAAAAACGAGGCCCUCCUGCUUCAGCUGUCUGAGACUGCUAGACACCUAGUCACGUUGCCCACAUCCACAGCGCUCCAUUCACUCCUGAAUAGCGGCCAAAGUAGAUGGGGGAACCUAACUUGCUUUAACUGCAAGCUGAAACACCACUGGGCUAAGGAACGGCCCUCUUAUAAGAAACUGCCCCUAAAAGGCUUUAGCAGCACUUGUGGCGCUCUAAUGAUAUCUCUCCCGGAACUGGAAGAGGAGAUGACGCAGCCCCUGGUGAUUCUGGGCAGCCCAGUGUUGCCAUUGUCUCCCCUGAAACUGGGGCCUGUAGGCCAGACCUUCUGCCCCUCCCGCUGUAGCAGCAAGCUCCUGGACGGAGGCAUGCCCACCAGUCAAUGCGGUCUCUCCCGGCUCCUCCACACCACAGGCCAGUUCCCCACGUCUCUGUCCAGACGGAUGGGGUUCCCGAAGUUCUCCAAGGGAUGUCUUAGCACCGUUCUGGCUGCCUCUUCCUACGCCUCCUUCCAUCUCUGGUUCAGACACAAGGGCCCCGGGCCCCUCAUGAGGCUGUCGGCCACUGCGGUGAAGACGGUGGUGUGUCAGAUCAUAGAGUCUCAGGAGAAGUACAUGUGCCCUCUUCCACCGCUCAAGGACUACACGGGCCCGUUUGGCCUGGGCAAUGACCACAGUUACGCUCAAUGCUGUGGUCAAGAGGCUUCCUCUGGCAGGAAUUCCACAGCAGCAAGGUCAGCAACCUUCAUGUCUCCCACCUCUCCAACACAGCGACGCCGUAGGGUCAGACUCACCCUGGAGCGGACUCUUCCCAGCCCCAAGACCAUCCAUGGGCACAGCUCCAAGGCAAUGUGCCUGGAGAACCAGAUUGAGCCUUUGCCCAGCUUUGCCAUUGCUAGUGCUAAUGUGAAAUACCCUGGGCUGCACGGGCAUGGCCGGAGCCCAUCCAGAGAGGGAGGCCUGUAUGAUGCAAGUGUGGGUGCCCAGCCAGGCCAUCGCUCUAAGAGGGUAUCCCAGAUCCGCAUUCGGAAAACGGUUCCCAAACCAGACAACAACCUCACUCCCAUGGGCCUGCCCAAACCAAAGAGACUGAAGAAGAAGGAGUUCAGUUUGGAGGAGAUUUACACCAACAAGAAUUACAAAUCACCCACACCCAACAGGAGCCUGGAAACCAUCUUUGAGGAGCCUAAGGAGAAAAACGGAUCGCUGGUCUGCAUUGGCCAGCAGAAAAGAAAGCGUGUGCUUGACUUCCCAGAUUUCACACUUCCACGCAAACGUAAAGCACGGGCCAACCUGAUGCCCCUACGGGUGAAAGGCCCCAGGGGGCGUGGUAGGAGGGGAAGGUCUGAUGAUGUCGACCUGGACAUCAUGCUCAUUGAGAGGCUGAGCGAGCUGGAGGAUUUCUUUAUUCGCCAAGGCCUGGAGGACUGAGAGGUCGCAGAGUUCCCCCUCAUCCAAUUCCACAGACUAUGUAAACCUGUUGAGUGUGUAGUGGUCUACAUUUAAUCCGUCAGGUCGAAAGUGGUUUAUUGUGUAAGGAGUCGGGUUUCGAGUGACUUGCUACGCACAUGCAUUGCACACAGUUCCUCUUUCUCAGUUUUGGGAGACUUUGUUUUGUACAUUGAUUAGGAUUAUAAAACUGAAUUGUUUUAAUAAUGAUCAUAUGCACAGGUUUCUAUUGGGUCCUUGAAAUGCCCAGCCACUCAGAUUAAUGGUCGUAUAAAUGCUUGGUAAGUGAAACCUUAUGUGUGCCUUUGUUGAAAUGUUAAAUCAAUCUAGCAAAUAUCUUAUUUUCGUUAUAGAUAUGGAAAAUAAUGGUUCAAUUAAUGUUUUGUUGCGUAGGAGCUAUAAUUGAAACUGUAACUGAGAAUUUGGAUACUCACACAAGAUCUGUGCGUUGGUAGACACGCGGACAUACACUUUGCACACUUUGUCAUGUCAGCAAGUGUGUAGACUACAAAAGCACAUGGGCGCUAAGUUCUAUAACUGUAUCUGUGCGACUUUGCUCCCCUGACAAAGACCUCUCUGCUAGCCUUUGGAGGUUAUUAACCACCAGUAGCACCAAGGGUGUUCCUUUACUUCUCAUGUGUUGUUGGGGUGAUGCUACAUGUGGGGGUACAUGUACACAGCCCUGAGAACCUGAAUAGGAUCUAGUCUGAGCCCUGAGUGAUGAGGAUCUUCCAUUCUGACACAUAGUAAAACAAUACGGGUCUGGUCAGUGGGAAUAUUCCUGCAGUAUUUGUUAACCAUAGAUUUUUUCUUUACAAAUGUUUCUGAUGUGCAUCAUAAUGUAAAUCAUCUGAUUUUCCAAAAUGAUUUCUUUGCGGAUCUUGUGGCUCCAUGAUCUCCAAUAUUUUUCAGAACCCAGCUGCAUUGUCAUAGAACUACUAGGACCUUUUUGGUCAAAAAGCCAGAGCCCAGUUAGUGGUGCUUUCCCUCCAUUGACCCACUUGAAAGAUACUUUUAUAGAACUUUGUCAUCCUUGAUUUGCGCAACGCUUAUGGGGACACGUGAAAUAUUCAGUGUGUUUGUGGAUCCUUUUCUGUCUGAUGUUUUCUCAAGUAAGACUAAACUCUUCUGCAUAGGGAGUCUGUUUAUAGUGUCUGUAUCCAGUGGUCUGCUAAUGCUGUGUGGUCCAUUUUCUGGCUGUAAUAUAUCCACAACUUUUUAUAGAUGCUGAACAUUUCUGGGUUCUAGUUAAAUAAUGCCCAGAAUCUUACUUGGUCUGGUGGUUACAUGGACAGGAAAUCCAUUUUCAAUUGGAGUAAUGGUGUUUGAGGAUUAGAAGUGAGCUGCUUCAAACGAGAGUGUGGGCUUUGUGUCUGAAGUUCUGCUUCAAAGCUGCUAAACCCCUAACCCCUUACUAUAUAUAGAUACAUUGUUAUUGUAGAUGUUGUGUGAAAAUCAUUGUAGUGUUCACUUCAUAAGCAUAAUUAACAUCAUGGAUUAUUGUUAAAUUAUUUUUAAACUUAUUAUAAAAUGAUAUUUUCUCUGUGGUCAAUCAUUGCAAGCCGUAUCCAUCAGGUCUUGAUGCGGGACAGCAUUGAAACAUUCAGCUCUGCAUACUUUGACAAUCCUCUGAAUGAAAUGUUUAGCACACAAUUAAAGGUCAAUGGUCUAAUGGGGUUUACAAUUAGUCUUCUGCCAUUAUCAAGGUUUUUCUUUUUUAUGUGUUUUUCAUUCAUUUUCUCUUGACUGGUUGCUUUGUAAGAGAGCCCUGAUGCGAAUUGCAAUCUUUGUUAAUAUACUUUUCAACUUCCCAGGACCUAUUUCCCAGUAGCUUAUUUGAUAUGGCACAAGUAUACACUUACUAACCUCUCAAACAUUAGACCCUGUGAAGUAUUCUAGUAUACCUUCUUUCCCUCCUCCUGACCUCUGCUCCUGAGGCCACUGACUGAAGUUUUUGAUGAGUGAUGUGGAAGAAAAUAUACACUACUGUUUGAGGUCAAAAGUUUGAGGUCACUUAGGAAUGUCAUUGUUUUCCAUUAAAACAUACAUGA